ACUUUGACUCUUCUGUAUUUACAUCGUGUACUAAGACCGAUGGAAAAUUAAAAGUUUCGAUUUUCUUGGCAGACAUGGCUAGGAACUAUAUUCUCAUUCUAAUGACAGUAUAGUAAUAAUCAAGAAUUUUGCUGCCGUAACAUGGCUGCAGGAGGCGCAAUGAUAUUACGUAGUGCCCGAAAAUGGUCCACUGCUAUUGAAAGAUGCUAUUUUUGGCUUCUGCGUAUAUCAUACCACCAGAACAGCAGUGUUUCCUGUCAUUUACAUUCUUUACAUUUUCACAUUCUUUACAUUUACAUUUUUUCUUUAAAUCAUGCUCUGCAGUUUUUGGUAACUGACAAUGUUCGCAAAGUCAUGUGCUUCCGUAUAAAAUGACUUGUGCUAUUUAAUUUACUGUGUCAUAUUCCUAAUACCUAUUCAUAAUAGUCUCUUUCCUGUUCCUCCAGCUCUUUUUUCACUCAGUGUCCUGCUUUAAAUUAUAAAGUCACACUGUGCCAUUCUUUAAUAAUUUUUUUCUAUACAAUGUCCUAUCUUUAUGAGCUUGAUGUUUUUGUCUUUAUUUUCUUUCUUCAGCACUUGGUUUACAAUUUUUCCCACCCCAUUUUCCUCUUUAUGCCUAUGUGCAAACCAAAAAUUGGAGGUAGAGACUGUAUUCCCCGACCCUGGAUCUUUACCUUUGGUUUAAUUGUAGCAGCCUUAACCACACCAUGAAGAAACAUUCAGAAACCUUCUUGUGUAAUAAAUGACAGGUUCAAUUAAGUUUGAGUGUAUUCUCUCUCCAGUACAGUAGGAGUCGCUCUUCUGCUCUUAGUCCUCCGAUAAACCCACUAAAGAAAGAAAGGGAAAAAAGAAAGGAAGAAAGAAGGAGCUAUCGUGAGAUGUGUAUCAUCGGUGUUUUUCUCUCUCUUGUAUGUUUUAUUGAUUGUAAAAAGAGUCUUGUGUCUGUGUAUUUUAAACGUCCACAGAGUCUCAGGAUUCUGCAUGUAACGCUGGAGAACAGCAGCAGGUCUGGCAGACCGAACUGAAGAUGUGUUCAGUCAAACUGGAGGACUGCAUGGUGGAGAUAAAAACAGAAGCCACACCAGAUGAAUAUGAAGACAAUCAUAAUGAUAGUCAUGACUUUAUUCCGUCAGAUGUAAAGAGUGAAUGUUGUGAUGAAGAAAUAACAUCUUCGACAUCAAACGACCAACUGACAGCACAAACUCUUUCCUGCGUCACACAGAGACAUGAGGGAAAACACGCAGAACAAAAACUCUCCACCAACUUAAAAGCCCAUCAGAUAAACCAUAUUGGAGAAAAACCUUACCACUGCGCCCAAUGUGGAAAUAGCUUCACUAAUUCAAGUACUUUUAAAGUUCAUCAGAGAGUUCAUACGGGAGAAAAACCUUACGACUGUAAUGUUUGUUGGAGGAGUUUUGGGCGACGCGACCAUUUAGUGAAUCACCAGAGAAUUCACACAGGUGACAGACCUUACAAAUGCUCUCAGUGCGAUAAGACGUUUACUCAGUCGGGUCACUUAAAAAUCCACAAGAGACUUCAUACUGGAGAGAAACCUUACCACUGUUCUCACUGUGGAAAGAGCUUCACUUAUUCAAGUUCUGUUAGUGUUCAUCUGAGAGUUCAUACGGGAGAAAAACCUUAUCACUGUAGCGUUUGUGGGAGGAGUUUUAAUCAACACGAACAUUUAGUGUCACACCAGAAAACUCAUACAGGAGAAAGACUUUACAAAUGCUCUCAGUGUGACAAGGCGUUUACUCAGUCAAGUCACUUAAAAGUUCAUCAGAGACUUCAUACUGGAGAGAAACCUUACCACUGCUCUUACUGUGGAAGAAGAUUUACAAUUUUAUCCCAUUUCAAAGUUCAUCAGAGAAUUCACACUGGAGAGAAACCUUACCAAUGCUCGAUCUGUGGAGAGAGAUUCACUUAUUCGGGAAGUUUUCAGAAUCAUCAGAAGAAACACACUGAAGACCAAACUACACUGAAAUCAUCAUAGUGCCUUAAACUCUUUACACAAUGACUGUGUAUAUUUGGUGCGAACGUUCGAUAGGAUAACAUGCUAGAACAAAAAUAAUUUAUUUCUAUAAAUUACUUUAAAUUGACCUUGGAUAUUCGCGGCCUAAAAAAAGGUGUUUUCGACCACUGUGUCGAAUUUCCCUUCUUUCGCCCUGGGUCCAUCAAUGAGAUCUGAGCAUUACUUCACAUUCGCAGAGCCGCUGCUAUAACUCAAAAGGCUUAGAUGGUGGCUCUAAACUGUUUUGACAAUGCAUGUAAACACACCAUUGAAAUGUUUAAAGGGAACAUAUCAUGAAAAUCUGACUUUUCCAUGUAUAAGUGCUAUAAUUGUGUCCCCAGUUUUUCUAUCAACUUAGAAAAUGUGAAGAAGAUCAACCCAGUUACUUAGAGGCUGUUUACACUUGGUAUUAAGAUGUGUUUUCAUCGAUCGGAUCACAAGUGGACGAGAGAGACACAUUACGUUAACACCUGGUAUUUAAAUCCGUCUCUUUUGUCCACUUUCGACCGCUUCUGUGCUGAAUACUAUGAGGGGGUGGUCUAUGAGAUGGUGGGCGAGUCUCUCUGCUGUCAUUCAAACCCGAGCGGGAGUAAUUAUGAGUUUAUAUGGACGCAAACUAAUAUUAUGUCGGAGUGCACUGCUUGUUUAGCAAGUAAACAUGCUGCACAGUGUUUUGUACAUGAGUAUGUAAGAGCUUUCUUUGAAUUUUCAGCGCAAUUGAUGAAAUAGGAUCGCGCAACUUUUACACGCUUUCAAAACGAAACUACGGAGAUCAGCCGCUUAGUUUUAUCAAUGAAAGGCUAAAAAUAGCGCUGUUCACCGAAUGUUCACGCCAGAAGUCAAAAAAGACGUAAAACUUGUGUUUAGAUAAAUGGGCGGAGAGAAGGCGGUCGCGUGUGGCUGUUCGAAUGCAUUCAACCACAUGUGCGUUCCGCAACUCCAAAGCGAUCCGAUCGAAAGUGGUUUCGACCACCUCUGGAUGUGGUUAAAAGUGGUCGAAAGUGGACGAGCUCAAAACGUUUUGAACACUGUUUACACCUGGCAUUAACGUCGUCCACUUGUGAUCCGAAUGACGAAAACACAUGUUAAUGCCAAGUGUAAACAGCCUCUUAGUUUUGGUAAACCAUUUUUUGCAAGCAUGUGAAAAAAUAGAUAAUUUUUUUAUAAUUUGAGCUAAAACUUCACAUACGUACUCUGGGGACACUAAAGAUUUAUUGACAUCUUAAAAAAAGUCUUGUGAAAUGUCCCCUUUAAGUCAAGUCAAUUUUAUUUAAAUAGUGCUUUUCACAAUAUUUCAUUGUUCCAAAGCACUUGAACAUGAAAUUGAAAUAAAGAAAAUUUACAUGUAGUCAUGAAGCCAAUAUUUUUAUUCAACCUACUUACAAAUACGAAAACAUUCAACAUUCACCGACUGAAAGGGACAUUCCACUUUUUUUGAAAAUAUGCUAAUUUUCCAGCUCCCCUAAAACAAUUGAUUUUUACCGUUUUGGAAUUGAUUCAGCAAAUCUCCGUGUCCGGUGCUACCACUUUUAGCAUAGCUUAGCACAAUCCAUUGAAUCUGAUUAAACCAUUAGCAUCGCGGUCCAAAAAUAACCAAAGAGUUUCGAUAUUUUUUUAUUUAAAACUUGACUCUUCCGUAGUUACAUCAUGUACUAAGACCGACAGAAAAUUAAAAGUUGCAAUUUUCUAGGCUAAUAUGGCUAGGAACUAUACUCUUAUUUUGGCGUAAUAAUCAAGGACUUUGCGGUACAAUGGCUGCAGAAGGCGCAAUGAUAUUACGCAGUGCCUGAAAAUUGUCCCCUUGGUAACUUUCAAUAGCAGGGGACUAUUUUCGGGCACUGCGUAAUAUAAUUGCGCCUCCUUUAAAUUACUUUAAAAUCGCAAAAUUUGCUGUUGGUCUUAGUACACAAUGUAACUACAGAAGAGUCAAGUUUUAAAUAGGAAAAAUAUUGAAACUCUGGUUAUUUUUGAGCGCGAUGCUAACUUGAUGCAAUCAAGUGCAAAGAUAAUUAAGUGUGAUAGCUUUGAAUUACAUUGAUUACGUUGUGCGUAGUGUUUUUCUUUGGAAAACAAACAUUCCAAAACAUAUUAUCAUAAUUUUUACUCCACUACAUUUCAUAAUUUCAAGUUUUUGGUUUAUUUUUAAUAUUUAAGUACAUUAAACAUCUAGUAAUUUUUUGUACUUUUACUUAAGUAAAAUUUUUUUUCGUACUUUUACUCAAGAAAGUAAAAGUACACAAUUUUUAUGUAAUUAGGCAUUAAAUCAAUUUUAAUAUGCAGUAUAUGAUGAAUACACAGUAUGAUUUUAUGCUUUAGAAUGUAGUGAAAAUUUUUUAGUAAAGAAAAGUAAAUUUUUUCCCAAGAGAAACACUGAUAAAGCACAGAUGCUUGGAAAAUGUAACUAAAAUACUUAAGUAUUAUACACCUCUGAUGAAUAUGAAAACUGACAUGUUUUUAUGGUCUUGGUCUCGACUCGGUCUUGACUCCUAAAGGACUCGGUCUCGACUCAGACUUGCUUCCUCAAAGACUCGGUCUUGACUCAAACUCAACUGUAUUUGAAAACUAACGGACUCUGUCUCAACUUGGUCUCGGCCCUUCAAAGACUCGGUCUUGACUCGGCAUAGGCUGUGCAUCCUCAUCACUAUUUCCUAUAAUACAAGGUUUCUCAGUAAAGGGUUGUGUAUAUGACAAAUUUCAGUGACCGUAGUCUCAGACGGAUGGUAUUUACGUCAGUGUCCGAAAUUGCUCAUUUUUGUUCACUUCAUAUAGUAGACUCUAAUGUCAUUCCCUAAAUGGAGACAUCCGGUAAGAAUUCAAAUCCUGUGUGAAUUAGUCGUUAAUAUUAAAGACGUCUGGUUAUUAUCUACCCCAGUAAAAAUAUAUCUCCAAAUAGGGCUUAACAUUCUUUAACCCUGCUUUGUUCGACACUGCACACAUUUGGCACUACAGUGCGAGGAUUUGAUAACCCCACUUUAAAAUUUUAAGUGUGAAACAUGGAUAAAAGCUGUGAAAAGAAUAAAAAUAACCUGGGUUUUUUCAUAUCUGAUUACAUGUUUGUGCAAACUCAUAGCCAAAAUAGCCAUUGUUUAUUUUAAAUUGUAUGGGUAUGUAGAUGUGCAAGUAUCUGUUUGUGUACGUGUGUGUGUUACCAUAGAAGCAUAUCUAAACACAGAUAUAAAUCAAGUAUGUAAAAUGCAGGUCAAAGAUUAAAUGUACGCACCAGAAUUCAUUAUAUCAAUCUUGUUUGUCAGGUUUGUCUGCCCAAAGUGCUAACUUCUUCCUGUCUUGUCCCCGUCACAAAACACAUAAUUUCCAGACAUUUAAAAUGAUGUAACAUUUGUCUCUCAAGUAAAAGCCUCAUAAAUAUGAGAAUAAAAAUAAGAUCACAACAUUAA